AUUUUUCAUCAUCAACGGCACCGUCGCCUCCGUCUUCCCGUCCGACCUAUCUUUCUCUCUCUAACUUCUCUCUCUACAUUCUCCAUCGGCGAAUCAUCCAUUUCUUCAUUAUCCAUUCAAAUCUUUCUCAAAAGAUUCUCAUUCAUCGUUGUUCUGUUCUGUUCUUGUUCGUUUUGAUUCUUCGAUCUGAUCGGAUACGUAUUGAUUCUUGCAAUUUACGUUUUGGUGACAGAAGAGGUAUUGAUUUUACGAAUUGAAUCCGAAUCUUGAUUCAAUUUGACAGAACUAGGGUUUCGGAGUUAUGCCGCGAAGUUCACGACACAAAUCUCAUAAGCAGAGUAAGCAUAAAGAGUUGUCUGAAUCUGAAGAGGAUGUUAGAAUGAAGUAUAUGAAUGGAAAGGAUGAGUUUUCAGUUGUCGAGAAGCGGAAAGUGUCUGGAGAUUCAAUGAUUGAGUCUGGUGUUUUGAAGAGGAAGAGAGAGAAAACUGAGUCUGGUUCUGCUACGGAUAGAUGGAAUAGUGGUGGGGUUGAUGUUGAUAAAAACUCUAGGUCAAAAGUUUCGUCUGAUUUGAGGAGUAAGAGUACAAGAAAACAUGAAAGUGGUAAUGAGAAGAAAGAGGAGAUGGUUGAAAAGGAAGAAAGUAAGACUGGUAGUAAAGUUGAGUCGAAACGGAAAUCUGAAAAGGAUCAAGGGCGAAAAGAGGCUCAGCAAACUAAGGAUGUGAAGGAGUCUAAGGAUAGAGACAAAGGGUCGGAGAAGAAGGUGGAUAGUAUACGUGAUUUAGAAGUUUUGACCAAGCAGGGAUCUCUAUCCAUUGAUCUUAAUGGGGAGAAGCAAGUUAAACGUGGUAAAGAAAAUGCUGAUUUGGUAAUACAAGAUGACUUCAGGAAUCCGGAGUUGGAGAAAGAACUUGAGAAGAGGAUAAGGAGGAGGUCUGAUAGUUCUAGAGAAAAGCAUCAAGAUGACCAUGUCAAGGAUAGUGAAAGUAGAAGAAUUUCUUCUAAGAGUGACCAUGCCAAGAACGGAAGACAUAAAGAUGAGAAGCACAAAGAUGGAAGCUAUGUUGACAAACAAUCUGAAGAUGGUGAAAAAGAAAGUCGUUAUAAGGAAGAUAAGUAUCACGAAGACCACGAGAGAGACAAGAGAAACAAAGAUGGUAAGCAUCGUGAUAGCAAGUACCGUGAAGAUGUUGAUAGAGAAAGUAGACACAAGGAAGAUAAGUAUCGUGAUAGUGGUCACCGAGAUAGUCACUAUGAAGACAAUAAUCACCGUGAAGAUGGUGACAAGGGUAGGAAAAGAAGAGAAGCUAAGUAUCUUGAAGAUGACAAUGUAGAUAAUAGAUACAGAGAUGACAAACACCAUGAAAACAGUAAUGGUGAGAGUAAAGACAAGGAUGAUAAAUACCAUGAUGACAGGCGUAGGGAUGAUAAGUAUCAUGAGGAUGGUAGACACAGGGAAGAAAGGCAUAGGGAAGAUGUUGACAAAGACAUCAAACACAGAGACGGGAAACCAAGAGAUGAUAAUGACAGAGUUAAACGACUCCGGGACAUUAAGUAUCGGGAUGAGGGUACUAAUGAUAAAUCUGAUGUAAAACGACUGAGAAACGACAGUAAUGCAUCUGAAUGUCAUAAGAAAUCAACAAAUCAGGAUGUCUACGAUCACAGUAGACGGGAUAAGGAUGACAAGGAAAGGAGGAGAGGAACUGAUAAGGAUUACAGUGAUAGUAGAUCCAAUAAUACUAAGGAUCAAACUUCUGAGGCAGAUAAGAAAUAUGGUGGUGCUAGAAUAGAUGCAGUGAGUGACCAAGGAAAAUCUAGCUCGCGUAACGCUGAUGGGGAAAGUUCUCCCAGUCGGAGUAGAAGGAGGUAUCCCCCUAAUUCUGGUGCAUCUGCCAAAAUCCAGAGCAGGACUUCAAUACAAGAGGAUGUGUACGAGGAGAGAACUUGGAACAGGUCAUCAUCUAAAAAAGAAUUCGGUGGUGCAGUUGAGAAUGCGCCUAUUUCAAGGUCAAAUGAAAGAUCAAUAAACAAGGAUGAUCUUCAUUAUCAGGAAUUGUCUGUUGAAAGGCGUCAAAAGCUAGAUUCACCUUUGCAGCUUGCGGACAAAUCACCAUCAUCAGCUAGUACUGAACGCCGACACUUCAAUAGAUCAGAUGCAAGGAGGAGUCUGGACAUUGAUGAUUCAAAAGAUUAUCCUAGUAAGGAAGGCAGAGGAAGUCGAGAUCCAACAAUGGAGACGUUUCCUGGAAAUGAUGAUACCUUGUCUGUCUCUUCGUCUUUCACUAGGAGCAAUAAUCAUACCUCUCUUCUUCCUCCGCCACUCUUCAGGAACGGAUCUGACAACCAUACUGUUAAUGGGUCAAUGGAGGAAGACAGUAGAGGUAAGUAUUACAAUCGUCAUAGGAGGGUUGGUGGUGAUUCUAAUAAUAUGGCUAGACCCCCCCAGGGAAAUAAUAAUGCUUGGAAGGGUAUCCAAAACUGGCCUUCUCCUGUAGCAAAUGGUUUUAUGCCUUUCCAACAUGGCCCACCAACUCCUGUUGGGUUUCAUCCAAUGAUGCAGCAGUUUCCUGGACCUCCAAUAUUUGGUAUCAGGCCUCCAAUGGAAUUAAAUCAUUCUGGUUAUGGCCGUCCUCUUGGCUGGCGUAAUCCUAUGGAUGACUUAAAUAAUGCUGUUUUUAGAGAUGAAUCUCAUAUGUAUGGAAGGCUAGGUUGGGAUCAAAGCAGAGCUAUUGCGGGUGGUGUGGGUGUUCAUGCAUGGGAUGCUACACGUCAAGAUUCGUGGAAGGCAACUGUAGAGAAUAAUAAUAUCCAAGGGCCAUCAGAUGAAGUUUCAGCAAUGCAAACAGAGAAUGAUCAAAACUUGCAAAAUGUUAAGGCGGUGGAUGUUGUUGAUGUUACUCAACCUAUUGUGGUUGAGAAUGAGGAUACUCUAGCGACUAAAAUUAGUUCCAAGGAGAUUCAGAAACAAACAGAGAUAUUGAAGAAAAAGGAUGUUUCUCUUUCUCGUACGAUUUCUUACCUUUCGAAGAUGGAUGUUUCAGUGGAUCUUGCUGUUCCUGACUUGUACUAUGGUUACAUGAAGUUUAUGGAGGAGGACUUGGAUGAGAAACCUAAUUCUGAUAAAGAUGUUUCAGUAAUCCUUUAUCUGGAGGGUUCUAAGCAAAACAGAAGCAAAAGUUACGAACAAACUUCAAAGAGUUUACCAAUACCGGCCACAAAUGAAGCUAUAUUGAAGAAAGCGAUGUCUGUAUAUGAGAAUCAUAGUGAAGGGGGGAUGUAUAAGGUGCUGCAACCUAAUAAUAAUAAUAAGGAGAAGAUGAAUGUGAAUGUGAAUGAUGCUGAUGAGAUUGUUUCGGAAGAUGACAAGCCUAAGCUAGCAGAGGCAGAAGAAGUAGAAGAGACCAUUCAAUUGCAGGACAACAUCGAGAAAGUAAAAGUGGAAUCACCAUCGUCAUCUCCCUCUAAUCAACACAAGGACAUGUUGCUGGAUGCUGCAGAUGAAAAAGAAGGUAUUGCAGAUAUGAAGAUUGAUGAGGGUUCGAGUCUGAACAAUGAUGAUGAUGUGAUGAAUAAUCUGGAAGGAGGGAAAACUCCUACUUCUCCCGGGUUGGAGGGCGAGUCAUUAAUUUUGUCUGAUGUUGAUGUUGUUGUUGUUGCUGUUGCGGUUCCUCCAUCGGAUUCAGAUGGUGUAGGGUCCGAGUCAGUAAAUUUAAGUCAUGGUCGGAUACAUCAAUCAUCUGAAAGUACACAUUGAGACAAUUUUAUUCUUCUCCCUUGUUUUAAUUCCAAAAUGGACCCUUUCGUUUUUCCCCUUUCAA